AGGAAGGAAGGAAGGCGUAGCAGAGGAGAGCAGCGCAGCGCAGAAGAGGAGAGGAUAGGAGAGGAACUGCGCCGGGGGUACAGAUUGCGUCGAUCCAUGUCGUAGAGGUGCAGAGAGGCAAGUGCUGCAGGGCCCACAUUGUCACAUUGUGGCGGUGGACGAGCGAGCGAGGGACGGGCGAUUGAUGUGAGGGAGUGAUGUGAGUGAAGUGAGUUCAAAGCUUCGCUCGCUCGCUCGCUACUCGACGACCAACCGACCGACCGACAGACUGCGGUAUUGCUCGUUCGCACGGUGCUGAAUUAUGCUCUGCAGCAGUCUGAUCGCUGGACGAGGGGGAGAUAGAUAGAUGCGAGGAAAGGAAGGCAUGCAGGCAGGCAGGGACUGAGGUCUUGCCCAUUUCAGGAGGUGACGGGCAGGCAGAGCAUUCUCGCGACAGCUCCUCGAGGGCAGGACGAGGGCCGAGUGACUGAGUGACUUACUGGAAAGGGAUCGGAGUUGGGAGGAAGAUCGUCGUCAGAGAGCAGGCGAGGCAGGCUGCAUCGCAAGACCAUCUCGCCGGGGCAGUCGUUUAGAUGUCGGAACUCAUAGCCCAGGGGUUCUUCGCUGAGGGGAUGUUAGACUGAUUCAUACUUGCCCGGGCGUCUUAGCUCUGUUCAGCUUCGGUCUACAUUGUGUUUUACGAAGCAAAGGCUUUGGAAGCCAGAGAGGAAGGCUCAGGCACAACGACGGGUAGUGAAGUGUGAACAGAAUGGGUAUUACGGUGGCAGUGAAGCUGGAACAUCUUGCGCUGCCGAAGAUUUUGACGAGUGCGAAUGCAGAUCACUCCGGUUUGGUUUUGGUACCGAACGUAGAUCAUUAUGGCACCGUCAAGGAUACGGUGAAGAGUUUCAUUAGAAACAAUUUUUUCAUUGCGGAUGAACUCCAAGUGAUCCAGGCGCCGCUAUUCAGGAAACUCGGCGAGAAAGAGGGUGUGGAAGACAUCUACAAGCGCUACGCGUGUCAAGCGGACAUCGAAAUAUCAGACAUUCACCUCGACGAGGACAAUUACUCGUUCUUCGCUCGAGAAGGCGGCCGCACCGUCGAGCUGGAGGAAAAUCAAAAGUUGGAAGAUUAUCACAUUCUUGACAAGACAGUCCUGCAGCUGAGGAGACUGCCGCAACCCUUGCCAGAGGCAGGAGGUCGUAUCUUUGUUGAGACCAAGGAUGGCAUUCUCCCCCUGCUGCACGUCACUUACCAGACGCAGGUCAUAGAGUUGAAGCAUGCUCUGGAAAGAAUGACCGGCAUUCCUGUCGACAAGCAGCUGCUGUCGACGGUCGGGCGUGUCAUGCACGACGAUUUCCAAAUGAAAGAUUUCGAAGGACCGCACCGAGUGUGCGAAGACUCCACGUUGGAUCUUUGCAAGUCAGGUGACAGUAAUGCCGAACAAGGACACAAACGAAUGGUAAUAUAUAUCAGCGUGAUGGGAGAGCAAACCAUCACGAUGGUCGUUCAAAGCCGUGAUUUGGUUCAAUCGAUACUGCAAGUAGUGGAGGCCAGAACUGGUGUGGCCACCUGGCAGCAGCGCAUAACUUUUUCCGGCAAAGUAUUGCAGGAGAAGAAGACAUUGGGCGAGUAUUACGUGCAUCCUGAGUGCACUCUGCAGAUCACCAUCUUUAGAAGUCCUUGCAAGCCCCCACAGAAGUUCGUCAAUACACUGCACUCCAGUGAAAAUUCAGGUAUGGACGAAAAUAAACCAGCGGCCAGGAAGAUCAAGCUUCUUCGAACUAGCAAGGGGCGCCAAAAUGGGAGCAUCACAAUUCCCGUUCUCACCACCGACACUGUAUCUGAUCUAAGACGGAAAGUUCGGCGGACGCUGCAGCCUUUGACGGAACGAAAUUUUCUAGUGAUGCACGGUCCGGCGGCUGAAACCAAUGGCGGGUCAACGAAGCCGAGCCCUUCUUCCAGCAGCAAAGGCGGCGAGGGUGGCGGCGGGAGGAGAUUGUCGAGAGUGCUCUCGUUUACUGGCAAGACCCUCUCUGGCCAGGUUUCGAACGCGACGAGUCCAUCGAUUUCUACGACUGGCUCCGUGUGUGCUUCACCUGAGGGCUCUGUGAAGGGCAGCGGUACCAAACCACUAGCUGCCCGCAUGCUUUCAAUGAAGAACUUCUCCGGUCCUCUUCUUCCCAGUCCCGCCAAGGGUGCGCAACCAUCUUCCACUCCGCCCACGUCCUCUGAUCGCACCAUCAAGGACUCUUCCGACAGUGCCGGUCAAGGAAGUAGCACCAAGUCCAGUGCUGCGAGGGCGCUUGCAUUCAAAAAUUACUCUGGUCCUCUUGUUGUCAAUCCCAACAAGGGUGUACAACCUACAGCCGCGCCACUCUUCCCUCCUCCGCUGAAAUCACCACGAGAAGCCGCUUCUCCUGCCAAGCCUUUCGGAAGCAAUGGAGUGAACACCGCAGCUUCAGGAGGCCAGUUCACCGGAUUCAAAGGAUCGGCACCGAAGAGAACCGGCGAGAACGAGCAACCAUCUCUCGCCGGCUCGCCAAAGAAGUUUGUACAUACGAGACAGGAUUCCAUGUCCUCGAAUGCAGGAACUACGCACUCGAGAGCUCCGUCAGUGGGCUCCAUCCACUUCAAUCCCACCGAACUCCAUUCUCUUCCGGAACCCUGUGAACCUAUUCCCUUGCCAGAAACACCUCCCAGUGUUAUCAGCCCGACGGCCCGAGUUCCCACGUCGAGCAAGAAAAUGAAUCAACCCGGCCAAGGCUCCGAGAAGAAGGGUCUAGGGGCUUGGUUGUCGGACAGCAUGCAGACAUUGAAGGAGCACAUCAGAGCACCUUUCACUGAAAGGUAAGGAGAGAGCUUUGGUAUCUUCUGUAGAUACUGGACAAGCAGCGCAUCGAGAGGAGGUUUUCUCACUUUCACGGCAUACAGGGUAUCUACGUCUCCUGGAAGAUAAGAUUCCUGUUCCUGUCCUCUUACCGGCAGCGGUUUCCUGACACAGUGAACCAUCUGAAGAUGCUCCACAAUUCAUCUACUGUAACCUGCAGUACUUUGGAGCCCGUACAAGAGGUUCCACUGCAAACGUAGAAAGACCAGACUGACCAAGGAUGGUACGAAUUUUGUUAGGUUUCACAUGAGCGAGCGUCCUUCGUAAUUUUAUCCGUGUAGAACCGUAUAGAAAGAUGUAGAAUGUAUGUGAUUGGGAAAAGAUCUGGCGUAAAAAACCUCCUUUUCUUUCCAUAGGAAAGGAGAGGAGAGUACAGGUGGUGGGUCAUCGAGAAAAUGAGGCGCUUGCUUGUUGGUCAGACGUAGAUGUAAAAAGUCAGCUUUAAUUAGUUAGUUUUUAGUGCAUAAUGUAUAUAUUGUCAGUGGAGCGGAAACGUAGACGAUCGUUGUAGAAUGUUAUUUCGCCAGUUUUGAAGUGAAUUUUGAACACAUUUUUGUAUUUUACCCAUUCUUCGUUUUCAACCGAAACGAAAGAACAAGUAAUGAAAUAGUAAUGAAAAUGAACAAGUAUAUCAGAUAAAUCUAGCAUCUUCUUCUACUAGUGAAUUCUCUUCUCUACCCAAAGUGAGUCCAACUGUCGCGCCCAAGAUAUUGAAUCUCGCAAAAUCUAAACAAGAGAAGAUUAACGAUGAUACCCAAGGUCUGACUUUGCCGGGCACUGCUCUGCAACUGACAUUCUGAACCGAAUAAAUGCCUUUCAAACAAGAAAAGAAUACGAUACGAGAACAUCAGAUUUACUCAUCACACAUCAUCCAUGGCCGGAGUCAUCAUGUGGUCCAUCAGCUGAGAAAUUGCCGCUUGUGAGUCCGCCAGACGGUUAUUUAUCUCCUUGCUUACAGCAUCAACAGAGUGUAAAAGGUCGAUUUCUCUCUCCCAUUUGUCUAUUUGCUUUUGAUGCAGA